AUGGCCCCCGGUCUCAUCACUACCCUGUCCUCGGAGGAACCACAGGGCCUCCUCCGGGAUGUGGCCCGUGACGAACGGCCCGCCGCAUCGAGCUCGACAUCGUCGUCUCGUCAGGCGUCUCCCACAUUCCACGCUCUCCAGCUGGGCGGCCCCUUUAUGAGCGGCGCUUUGCCAGUCCCCGAUGACCAAGCGAUCAAAGACAGCGUUCUUAGCAUCAGCCAGUUCAAGCAACAGGUUGCUGAGCUCCAGAAGACACAGACCGAGCAGCAGCGCCAGCUGGACGAGGUCAAGGACCAACUGCAAGUAAGCGCAAGCCCACGACUCACCAGAGCCUACUCGGAGGGCUCGCUCCCGCCGCCGACGACAGCGAGUACCGGCCGGGAUACACCCCCGGGACGGGCGGUGCCCAAGAACGAUGCUCGAUAUCAAGCUACAGUGGAAGACUGCACAGAGUCUGACGGCGAUGAGGACAUACUGACGCCCACCUCGGCUCCCGGUUCCCCUGCCGCUGAAAAAGACGGCAAACCAGACCAUGACAGGCCUGGACGGAACCACACAUUCGCCGCGUCGGCUCCUACUUCCCCGUACUCAAACCAUGCCUCCACUACAGAGACGGCAUCAUACACUACCGUCCCAAAAACCAAGGAGGUGCGGUUCUCGGACCGUCCUCCAGUUGUACUACAGCGGAGUGCAUCCGCCCGUCACCUGUCGUACCCCGGUAGCACAUCGCAGCACACAAAGUCGCACCCAACACGUGAGAGGGCCCUUUCGCUGCAGGACGAGCGAUGGGGACCCUUGUUCACGCCACAGGGCAAGGCGACAGUCGGCAUGAGAAACGCGCUGCGUGGCCUGGCCACCCACUUGAUUGAAGUGUAUAAGCCAAUCUACUCCAUGGUCGUGACACCAGGCAAGCUGCUAAGAUUCUACUUUGACUAUCGCUUGGACAGAGAAGCUGUAGAAUUUACUCGAAUCUUCAAUUUGACAACCCCCGAAGCCUUGAAAAACUUGGAGAAGCUCUACCUCGGUUUGCAGUGCGAUUUCCAUCUAGUCCAAGGCGACUCACCCGGCACCCGGCACCGGCCCUACAUCCCGGCCCUCACCCCCGAGGGGUUCGUACAGUGGACCGUCAUGCUGAUCCGCGCCUACCCCGAGCAAGAGUUUGCGCGGCUCUCUCGCGUCUUUGAGGAAAUGGCGCUGGAAGCCGUGCCGGAGGUGCCGUCGCGCGCGUGCGACGACCAGCGCUCCCGGCGGCUGCCGCGGCAGAUCUCGCGGCACCUCUUCCCCGCGGAGCCCAACGUGGGCGAGUUGCAGCUCACCACGCGCGCCUUUUUGGAGUGGCAUCGCAGCCCGGACAGACCGGCGCUGAUCCACUCCAACUCGCGCAACCGGCAGGAGCAGCAUCUCCACAGCUCCGGGCGGGACUACGAAACGGAACCGACGCAGGUGGUGGUGCUGCCGCACGGGCGCAUCACCGCCGAGGACCGCGAGGGCCGGUCGUCGCGGUACAGCAAGCCGCACAGAGGGGACAGAGGGGAGAGCCCGAGACGGAGCUCGAAACGGUACGAUGGUAGACGAGAUGGCAAGGACUCGGACAGGGAUCGGCGCCACGGAGAGCCAAAGUACAAUGCGCGCAGCUUGGACGAGUCGCGACACCGGCGACGUGAUGCCAGAGGAUCUCGCGCGUGA